GAGAUUUCUCUCCGGUAACAAUACGGAGACUGCGUUCUCAAAACAUGAAAUAUUGGUCAGAUAACGGCAAAGUGAACUUACAGAUUUACUUUUACAAUUACUAUUUAAGCUCAGACGACUUAACGGUAUUAAUCAUUAAACAGCAACAACACUAACGCUUUGCUUCUAUUUUAUAAGACACAGUCAUGGCAUUUUACCCGAUACUCAUUUGCGUUGUAGCAAGUGUCUUAUACUGUGAAGGUAGAUAUACCGAAAAUGAGAUCAAAAGAAACGUUGUAAACAAUGGGUUAUCGGUGAAAAAUGUCGCAAAUCCUGCCGUUGCAGGAUUGAUAGAAAAUGCGAUAUCUAGGAAUGGCAGACAGGCAAUACACUUUAAGUUACCGUUGAAGCAUAAAAUGAAAGCAAAAAAAGUUAGAACCAGGCAAUUUGAUUUGGAGAAUGCUCAAAGGCGAUAUUCAACGUUGAACUCAAAUCAGCCGAUACGACGACCAGUUCAGCAGUUCUAUUAUACCAAUAAAAGGCAAAUCCCUUACGUGCCCAACAGAACGAGGAUACAACCUCAAACAGCUAGGAUACCCACAAAAAGUACUAGAAGGCCAACUGAAAAACGGAAGAUGAAACCACCUAGAAUUAUGUUUUAAAUUUAAUUUAUGAUUGAUAUUUAUUUAUUAUAAUUUAUAUAUACUUUAAAAUAAAUGAUAUACUGACAGAAC